AUGUAAUGUUCAGGGGAUUUGGGGGUUUUGUGUGUACAAACACCUCAGAGUUGUGGGGGUUUUAAACAAAAACAAUAACAGAAACUGACCUGACAGGGAUCACGCGUCUCCCACAGGCCGUGGAGGUGAAUCAGACACAUCGUCUGCUCCAAAAAGGAUCUUGAGGCUCUUUCCUCUGCAAGAGGAGAUGGGGAAGUCAGAGUCAGAGUCAUCCUGCCAGAAAGCUUUCCUUUCAUCUGAUUUCAUCCCGUUUCCUGCCGUCUCUGGAUGGUUUCCUGAAGCCACAGUGCUCUGACCUGACAUGUCCAUGUCAGAGUGCCUUCUCUGUGCAGAUCCGAACACCAGGCCAAGCAUCUGUGUGAUGUAAGUUGGAAAUUUCAUGAAAGUCCAUGAACCAACAGUGAUUUAUGUCAGUCAGAAAUCUGGCUCGUGAAGUUCUUAAUGCCCUAGAGCAGCAAGGCCAAAGGGUAAGCAAGCAGUGUUUUGCAGUCCCUGUGGAUGCACAAAACGUGAAAGUUUAAGGACAGAGCAGCCUGUGCUUUGCCAAAGACCCAACCAAAGGAAAGGCCGUGCAGUGCCGCCUCUCCCUCUUCGCAGAGGCAGAAGAGCAGGCUUGCUGAGCUUCCCAAAAACAGCUGCACUCCAGCUUUCUGAGCUGCAUGAGUCCUCCCCAAGCCCCGGGAGCACUCGCCUUGUCUGUGAGUAUGUGUCACGUUAUCCAGAUGUUGGAAAUCUUGCUUCAGGCACAUGUGACCCACUGGUUGGAACGAUCCUCUCCUGCCAGUUUGCUCUUUUCUUGUUUCCAAGUGUAUGAAUUCCUCUUUUAGGCUGUGGUUUCUGCUGAAGUAGCAGAUAAAUCAUGCCUGUUUUGCUGGAAUGGCUGGAUGAGAGGGAGAUAGGCACAGAGGAGGUACAGGGCGACGGAUCGUGGCUAUUUGCCUGUGUUUGGCUUCAUUCGCACACGGGCCCAGAGCCUCCUUUCCCGGUUCCCAGAACUCGUUAGCCGAUGCUUGGCUCUGUCCCAGCCUCCUCCAGCAUCCCAGCGCUGCGUAAACCUUGGCCCAGGGUGCCCAGCCCCAGCGGGAUGGGCGUUUCUCACUGUGUGCACACAAAACCUCUGGAGAGCUGCCUCCUGGAGCUGAGCUGAUAUCUUCCUGAUAUCCAAGGAGCUGGAUGGGGCAUUAGCAGCUUGCCAGCACUGAGGCAAAGAUGGUAUUGCAGCAGCAGGAGACUGCUCCUGCUCUUAGCUGCAUGGAGGGAACCAGGCUGGCUGUAGACCUCUGCCACUGGGUCUCCUGCUGCCUCUGGAUGUUGGUUCCACAUCUGGAGAAGCAACAGGUGGCCCUCGCUCCUUAACCUGUUGGUCUGGAGUGGAGUUUACAGGACCUCCUUUACAAGAAACACUGGUUUCUUGUGCUGUAGUAUUCCUUGGUGGCUGGGACAGCAGGGAGAACAGAGGGACCGUGGGGUAACUGUCCUCGGUCAUUUAAAACAGAACUCUUAAAUAAAUACAGCUUUAAAGUAAGCCAGCACUAGAAGCAGAAGUUUUCAUAUGAAAGGUCGAUGUGCAGAUGAACACAAGUUCACUGCCAAGAUUUACUGCGGAGAAAGUAGUAAACAGAACAGCUUACAGCACCUUUGGGGUUAUACAGUUCCCUCCUUUGUCUCCAGCAUUUGCAGAUGAUCUCCACACAUGUUGUCAUUUAACAUCCACCCACUCCCACCUUUUUUUUGGCCCAAGCCAGUGGAGAAGACCUCAGGCAGGCUAUGUCCGGGAUUGCUGUUCUACCAAAUGAUCCAGGAGCAGCGUGAAAGGGGGGAGCUGGAGGUCCUGCUCCACAGCACUGGCACCAGGCAGCACUUCCAGACACUCUGAGCUGUGCAACCCCAAGGAUGUGAACCACACAUGGAAGUCUCAUGCUUUGUAAAAAGAGAAACCAGAAGGACCCCAGCAGUUAUACAACGUGCAGGAGCUGUUUGGGAGCUGCCUCCUGAAGGAUUAGAUCUUGCACUCGGCUGCAGUCCUGUGUUCCGCUGCCUUGUGUAACAGCAGGUCACUGAAGGCUUGUACACCGACCUGCAAACUCCAGCCAGACCUUCUAGAGGAUGUGCUCAGCAAAACACCACAUUUAGCAGGUAGGGUGGCUGGAGGUGGAGCAGUGUUGUCGGGAUUGCAGGCUCUGUUUCCAGCAGUGGUGUUGGCAGAGCAGCAAGUGCAGUAGUCUAUAAAGAAAGAAGAGGGAAGCAGAGGGCAGCUGAGAGCUUUGCCCGAGGAGGACAGAGUGAAUUUACUGCCCCUGUACCCCCAUCCAGCACCACCGGGAAUUCAGUUUGAAACAGGAAAAGAAAAAGGAACAAGGACCUUCACAGGGCCUCUGAGCAGAGGAAAAUAGAGCCUCUCUUCCCAGAGAUUGAUGUUCGUAGCAGUGCCAAACAGGUGUUCCUUCCCUCCACCUCUGGCUACCACAUCACUCUCAGAAGAGCAUGCAUGGAAAGAAGCCAUUCCUGAAACAGGAUUGCCUUUGAGCUGGCAGCAGAUAAGUGACUGGCAUUGGGCAGCACUGCUGAGGCUCUGGCAGGCCGUUUAGCAGAGAACCUUGGCUAAUGAAUGUCAUCCACACCUAACAGAUGUGCCACUGCCUGCCAUGCCAGAUUUUUGACAUAAUACAGGGCUGCUGGACAUGAUGGUGCUUGGGAAAAGCCACGGAGUGACUUGUGCCUUCAACGCAGCGUUCAGUCCCACUCGUGCUCUGCGAGAGAAACCAAACCUGCGGGAGGGAGGGAAGCGCAUCCGUGUCUCUCACUCCUCGCCCCUGGUUUUAUCGCCGGGAGCGGCGCCGACAGGGGAGCGAUACAGAUAUACAAGGCAAACCAAAGGUUUCGGCUGCUAUUCAGUGCCUCCUCAUUUGUCCUGGAGCCGUAACAGUGGUGCCCUUUCUCUUCUGGCCGCUUUUCCCUGCUUCUGGAGCAGCAGUUAUGGGAGAAGCAGAUGGCUACUGAUUGGACUCUGCGCUUGCUCAGAAGGAACUACAGGGGAAGUUCGAGCAUCAUCAGGGCUGAAGAAACAGCCAAGGUGUCUGUGGUGUCUGAAUCACGAGAAAGCAGGGAUGGAGGACGCCGGCGUCCAGCGGGGAAUAUGGGACGGGGACGCCAAGACGGUCCAGCAGUGCUUGACUGACAUUUUCACCAGCGUUUACACCACCUGCGACAUCCCGGAAAAUGCCAUUUUCGGCCCCUGCGUUCUGAGCCACACGUCCCUCUACGACAGCAUCGCCUUUAUCGCCCUCAAGUCCACCGAUAAGCGCACCGUCCCCUACAUAUUCCGGGUGGACACGUCGGCGGCGAACGGCUCGUCCGAGGGGCUGAUGUGGCUGCGGCUGGUGCAGUCGGCCCGGGAACGGGAGGAGCAGAACCUGGAGGCCUACAUCAAGAGCGGGCAGCUCUUCUACCGCUCUCUGCGCCGCAUCGCUAAGGACGAGGAGCUGCUGGUGUGGUACGGGAAGGAGCUCACCGAGCUGCUGCUGCUCGGACCGGCCCGGGCCCCUGCCCGCACUAACGGCUCGCCGCCCUUCGCCUGCCCCGAGUGCAGCCAGCGCUUCCAGUUCGAGCUGCCCUUCGCCGCACAUCUCCGGUUCCGCUGCCCCAAGAGGCUGCACGGCCCCGACACCGGCCCCGCCGCCGAGGCUGCCGGCGGCAAGGACGUCGCCGGCAAGGAGCAGGAGCCCGGCAAGUUCGGGAAGCCCGGCGGGCCGCCGCACCACCCCUUUCCCGGUCCCGACGGCGGCCCCACCGCCACCACCAAGCCCUCCACGGACUUCCACAACCUGGCGCGGGAGCUGGAGAAUUCCCGCGGCGGGCGCGGCGGGUCCCCGGGGAGGCCGACGCCUGGCGAGGGCGGCCCCGAGGCGGCGGCCGGGAAGGCGAAGAGGCGGUUCCCCGAUGAGGAGGAUCGCGGGCCCGGCGCGGCGCGGGGCCGCUUCCCGGCGGAGCGGCCGGGGCUGCCGGCGGCGCCCAAGGAGGAGCCGGGCUGCGCCCCGCAGCAGCAGUACCGCGCCGCCGGCUCCUACUGCGGGCUGGAGGAGGGCGGCCGCCUCUUCGCGCCGCCCAGCCCGGAGACAGGGGAGGCCAAGCGCAGCGCCUUCGUGGAGGUGAAGAAGGCGGCCCGCGGCCCCGAGCCCGACGGCGGCCCCGAGGAAGGCCCGGAGCGCGGCUCCCCGGGGGCGGGCAGCGCGGAGCCGGGGCUGUGCCCCCGCGGCGGCGCGGGGGGCCCGCUGGCCGCCCGNNNGGGGGGCCCGCUGGCCGCCCGCCUGGACGGCGGCAGCCCGGCGCGAGGCAGCGCCUUCAGCACGGUGCCGCAGCUCGGGGCCGGCCCCGGCGGGCCCGGCGGCGGCGCGGCCGAGGAGCGGAAAAGCGCCUUCUCGCAGCCCGCCCGCUCCUUCCCGCACGUCCCGCCGCUGGUGCUGGGCCCGAAGCUGGGCGGGCUGGGCGAGCCCUGCCCCGACGGCGCCGCCGCCCCCGCCCGCCUGUACACCGCCGAGGCGCUGGCCGCCAAGCUGCCGGGCGGCGGGGAGGCGGCGGGCGGCGGCGGGGGCGGCGGCGGGGGGCUGCCCAAGCAGAGCCCCUUCCUCUACACCACGGCCUUCUGGCCCAAGAGCUCGGCGGCGGCGGCGGUGGCGGCGGCGGCGGCGGGGCCGCUGCAGCUGCAGCUGCCGUCGGCGCUGACGCUGCUGCCGCCGUCGUUCACCUCGCUGUGCCUGCCGGCCCAGAACUGGUGCGCCAAGUGUAACGCGUCCUUCCGCAUGACCUCGGACCUGGUCUACCACAUGCGCUCACACCACAAGAAGGAAUACGCGCUGGAGCCCCUCGUCAAGCGCCGCCGCGAGGAGAAGCUCAAGUGCCCCAUCUGCAAUGAGUCCUUCCGCGAGCGCCACCACCUCUCCCGCCACAUGACCUCCCACAACUAGCGGGGACCCCCCCCCGGCUCUGGGGACUCGCCCGGGACCCCCGCCCGGGGACCCCCGCGCCGCCCACCGCUCCCGCCCUUCCCCUUCGAUGCACGCGUUUCCACUGUCUGGGGAGGGGCGGGGAGGGCAGAGGUAGAGGAGGAGGAAAAAAAGGAAGAAGAAACAGAAGAAGAAGAAGAAGAAAAAAAAAAGAAGGUAAAAAAAAAAAAGAAAAAGAAAAAAGAGAAGCACCGUGAAAAAGAGAAAAAAAAAAUCAAAUGACUUAAAAAAUACAUUUUUUAAAAUGUCAUAUAUUGCAACAUAUUGAUGCAUUUGUCAUACGUUUCUACUUAAAUUAUUAAGCACUUAUGGUUUAGAUGUAAUAAUAAUUCUAUGUCAGGGUAAAUUUUUAUUUUGGAUAUGAAGCUAAGGGCGGGGGGGGCGCGGCGGGGCCGGCGGGUGGCGGGCCGGGGUCCUGCAUGCACCGGGCGCUCCCCCUGCCCGGCCCCGCCGCCCGCGCCCCUUCCCCCCGAGUGUCACUGGUGCCCGUGGAAUGGAGUCUCGGUAGUUCCGUGUUAUCUUCCCUUUCCCGUUUGGGUUUGUUUUUUUUUCCUCGACCUUCUGGAAAAGAUUUAUUAAACUUUAUAGUUUAUCCGGGUAUGUUGGAUGCUUUGACAAUAAAUGACUUUAUUUUCUUCAAA